AUGGCCAUGCGCUUGUGUGCUGUUGUUUUCUUGUGUGUCCUCGUCCAGGCAGAUGCGAUGGCGCCAUGGAGCUCAGACAAUAUGAGACACAAGGGCGAUGCCGACAAGAAAACACAGGCACAGAGGGCGAGUGAGUUGCACUCUUUCCAGGCGGAGUCCAGCCAGAUGGAUGCCUGGCUGAGCGGCAAUAAGACGAGCUUGAAGAUCAGCAACGACACGCUGCGCAAAGCAGUCUCACAGCAUGAACCCCUGGCGAAACAGAUCGAGGACAUCGAGGACAGUCUGCAGAGGGCUCAGAAGGACCUCAUUAAGAAGAAGGAUGCAGUGGUGGCCGCCAUCAAUGCGACGGACAGGACUCGCCAACUGCUCGUCCGCGCACGAGCUGCGCUCGCGGAGGCGCGCGAGGAAGUCAUCGAGGCGAACGCUUCUGCGAAAUCCGCCUUUGAUACAGAGGCGAUCGCGGAGGACCACCUCGUGCAGAUGACCAUCUGCUGCCCCGACCAGGUGCAGGCCGCAAAGCACAAGAUGGACCUCCGCAAGGAUGACCUCGCCGCUGCCGGCGAGGCGUUCCACGCGGCGAAGGACAAGCUUGCAGCGAAACACGAGGCCGCCGUGUUGGCCGAGAGAGCCUCGCACAGCGCCGAGGAGGAGCUGGACCGAUCAAAGGGGGCCUAUCAGGACGCGGUGGGCGCGGUGGAGAGACUGGCAGCAAUCAAGCUGGAUCUGAGCAAGAAGAAUGUGGACCCCGAGAAGCGACUUGCCGCGUUCGAGAGAAGUGUCGAAGUGCAGGAGGGUCUCGUGCAUGGCCUGGAGAAGAGCAGCCAAGAGCUCCAUGAAAAGGUCCACGUGGCGAAGAAGAUCUACGACGAAAUCAGCGCCGUCGUGGGCAAGGACCUCGAGUGCGUCCCGCUACUCCGGACCCGCGAGAAAUACCUGAACGUGACCACCACUCGGUUCGAUCUGACCGCGAAGGCUUACGCGAACACCCCCGUGAACGUCAGGACUUCCCUGCAGCCCACCUUGUGGCAGCAGCGGGACCAGAAGGAGGCCGCGGCACGCGCUCUGUACGAUGUCCAGAAGGACUGCGCCCCGGCAUCCGUCAGGCUCCCGCCGCCGCCCCCCCUGCCAGCCUGCGACAGCGACACCGGCGCGCGCUGCAGGGUCCUCGAUUGCUGGUCCUUUCUUCUUCGGGCGUCGCGCAACGCCUACUGCUCGGCGUCCUGGCACUGCCUCUGCCCCGCCGGCACCUGCGCCAAGGACGGCGCCUGCGUGGACCGCGGCGCGCCGGUCUCCCUGGCGAACCCGCCGGCGGAGCUGCACGCCGGGCCUGCGGACGUGGGCGCUGCACUCCUCGCGGCGGCCGCCCUGGUGGUGGCCGCCGCCGCCCUGGCGACGCGCGGGCGCCGGGCGCCCGUCAACAUGUCGGAGGACGCCCUCGGCUGA